CGAAUCAUUUUCAAGACAGAUGAUUUCUGCUGCCGUGAAAGAAAGGAGGAGGUGACCGGUGUUCGCACCAAAGGAGCUCAUGUCCGUACAAGUUCUCCAAGAUGACCCGAUGGACGCCACGGCGGUGGCGAGUCGAGAGGCGCAGAGGCACUGGCUCUGUCUUUCGAGCAAUCAAGGCUCUGUCACUCCUAGUCGCAUUGCUUACAGUUGUUUUCUGGACGCAUGCUUUUUAUCGAUUUUCCGGUAUUACCGAUCAAAACUGGGAAGAAGCUGACGCUAUAUUUACGCCAGCUACAAAGACGGAUUCCACAAUCGCUGCCACGCAGGUACGCGUCACAUUAAACACCUCUCCCCGUAGGAAAUCGCUUCACGAAGUUAUCUUGCCAUCGCCAGCAUCGAAGCCACAGCUGCGCGAAACAUUCAAGGAGCAACCGAUGAGUUCUGGUGACUGGGUGUUCACCGACACUUACCUUAGAACAAAACUAAAGCUCUUCUUGUACUCUGCGUACUUAGACAACCGCCUCGCCGUGCCCGUGGUUCGGGUUAUAGGCGCAUACGCCAGCGUAAACGGUGCUCAAGUUUCCUGCAGGCUAGAGUAUGCCAGUGGGGAAGCGAGUGUGGUGGCCGCCACGAAGAAGACCAUUAAUGAGAACUGGAAGCUCAAGUAUGGUGCGGCCUUCUUCUUGUGUCCUUAUUCCGACGACUCAGACAAUCCGCCACCGGUUCGCGUGCGACUCAAGGAGACUUACGAACUGCAGUGGAGUCCUUCAAUACCAAUAUGGCCCCUGGAGACAAGACCUGGUGAAGCGACUGGGCGUUUUGCGGUCUGCGUGAAGCCCCUGCACUACAAGUAUGACAGAGUGUCGUGGCUGGCAGAGUUUGUAGAGUUCCACAGAAUCGUUGGCGUAGAUCGUUUCUUCUUCUACAAUCACAGUAUAGGAAGCAACGUAGACAGACUGUUGCGUGUGUACAUGGAAAAAGGUGUCGUCACGAGCCUUCCGUGGAACCUAGACAUCAAGUGAGUUUAUGAAGAA